AUGCUGAUGUUCCUGCAACGCCGGUGGCAGCCGCGACAGCGACAUGCAGAGUCCAGGCGCUGGGGCAAGCAGCUAUGGUUUGACAUGGACAAGGGGCCGUCUCCGAUGUUCCAUCUCGGCAUGACUGGCAGCUUUCGCAUCAAGGGCAAGAAAGCCCUCGUCUACGUAAGGCAGAAGGAGGAGGAUCCCAACAACUGGCCACCAAAGUUCUGGAAGGUGGAGCUGCAGAUGGCAGAUGGCACCUGCUUUGCGAUGACCGACGCUCGUCGCUUCGGUCGGAUCCGGCUGUGCAAGGAGCCAUGGGAGCAUCCGCCUGUCUGUCACAUGGGUUUCGAUCCGCUGCUUGCCAUGCCGAAGCUGUCACGCUUCGCCGAGCAACUUGGGGGGAGAAGUGCCGACAUCAAGGCAGUGCUCCUGGAUCAGGGCUUUGCAGCUGGGGUCGGCAACUGGGUUGCUGAUGAGGUGUUGUUCCAGGCUGCAAUUCACCCGCAGGAACGCUGCUCCGACUUGGCACCAGCAGCUGUCGCCAAGUUGCACCGCAGCCUUCGUCUGGUGAUCUCGGUGGCCUGCAAAGCCGGAGCAGACGCCGCGAGGUAUCCAAGGACAUGGCUUUUCCACUAUCGCUGGGCGAAGGGAUCAAGCCAAGCUGUCGAUGGCAAAGGUCGGGAGAUCAAGUUUGUCACCUCCGGCGGACGGACAUCCGCCUAUGUCCCAGCACUUCAACGCCGUGCCUCAGCGAAGCAGCGUGAAAGGUCCCAAGCAUCAUCUGUUCGGCGCAGGCCUGCAGCCAAGAGAGGAUAA